AAAAAAAAGAAAAGCUUAAUUGGAUUAGUUUUGAUAAAGAAAAGAGGAAAUUCUCGAAUUCCCUUCGACUAGUUGUUGCUUGAGUAUAAUAUUAAAAUAAUAGAUUAAUUGUUGUAUUAUUAGUAAGAAGAAAACGGAAAGGAUAAACAAGAAUGAAUAUAACAUUUGGCAAUUUACUGCUUAUUGAUUACUCUUGCUACCAUGUCUUAUUCACAAUUAUCAACAGAUAUCAAUUUCAAUGAUGAAUUCUAUGAAGAUAUAAAAAAACCAAUUAAACCAUUAUUAUUUACAAAAACUAGUAAAACUUCCCCUAUGAAUUCCCCUUUAAAUUCAUUCAUCGCAGAUUAUUUAAAUAUGAUUUAUUAUUUAAAUGCAAAAAAUAAAUUCACAAAUCAUCAUGAUCCUUUGAAGAGUCAAUUGAAACAACCACAACCACAACAACAACAACAUUAUUUAAACAAUAUUCUUCCAAUGAAUUCACCUAUCCAUUUAUCACAUUUAGUAAAACGUGUUUUAGCUGAUUACAAAAAACGAAAAACUAUAUUAGCUGAUUAUAAAAAACGUUCAGCUUAUAAUUAUUAUGAUAAUUAUGAUCAUGAUGGUGAUAAUGAUGAUGAUGCUGAUGCUGAUCAUGAUAACUAUGAUGUAUUAUUGAAGUAAUUAACUACUAACUAUUCGAAAACUGAUUCCAUAUUCAAAUAUGUAUGUGCAUGUGUGUGUUUGUGUGAGUCUGUGUGUGUGUGCGCGCGAUUAUGUGCAUAUGUGCGAGUACAACUCAUACACUACUAUCAUGUGACACAAUGUUCAUGUAAAUUUACAAUAAAAUAAAUGAAUCAAUGAUUCAUUGAAUCAAAUAAAG